UUUUAACUUUUCCCAUCACAAGAAAGAAAGAUCCUCCCUUUCGUUACUUAAAACCAACAUGUUUCCCAUUUUCUCUCUCUCCUUAAAACCCUACCGCCACCAUGGCAAUAGCAUGCCUACCAAAACUCCGACUUGCCACCGCCCCAGCCGUCUCCGUUUCCACCUUCCUUAAGCCACUCAGACAUGGGCUACGAUCAUUCGGAUCAGCAGCUGCGUUGGAGCUUCCUGACGAGGAUGAAUACUACGAGUACGAACAAGCUCACCGGGAUCGGCGCUCAGCUCAGCCGAAGAUUGACGUGGAUGGGUCAGCGACAGACAGGGGAGUCCAAUGGGUACUUAUAGGAGAGCCUGGGGUCAAACGACAUGCUUAUGCUGAAAGGCUUUCGAAACUUCUAGAAGUUCCACAUAUUUCAAUGGGUACCCUCGUUAGACAAGAGCUUAAUCCCCACUCUUCUCUUUACAAACAGAUUGCAAAUGCUGUGAAUGAAGGGAAGCUUGUUCCAGAGGAUGUUAUUUUUGCUUUAUUGUCUAAGAGGCUUGAAGAAGGUUACUAUGGUGGUGAAAAUGGUUUCAUUCUUGAUGGGAUUCCACGAACCAGGAUUCAGGCUGAGAUUCUUGAUCAAAUUACUGAUAUUGAUCUGGUUGUCAACUUUAAAUGUACUGAAGAGUAUAUGUUGAAGAGCUCAGAAAGUGAGGUUCUUCACAUUGGCAGUUCUAAAGAUGUAGGAACUUCCUGGAAGAAAAAUGUCCAUGUAUACUCAGAGCAGGCCAAGUCAGUGGAGGAUUAUUACAGUAAGCAAAAGAAGCUUCUCAAUUUUCAGGUGUCUGCUGCACCAGCAGAUGCAUGGCAAGGUCUUUUGGCUGCAUUACAUCUUCAACAUAUUAAUGCUCUCACUUCUUCACAGAAGCUGACGGCAUAAAACCCUCAUUAAUCCUUUCAAAACUAGUGUUCACCCUUCCCUUCUUUUCCGGCAUAGUAGUAAACAUGUAACUAUGAGUGAUAGUCAAGUUUUUUUGAGUGCGGUAAAUUUGUCUCUGAAGUUUUGUUUCCCUUUUGUGAGUUGCUAUGUAAUGCAGUUUGAUGAUCAUUGUCAUAUAUAUAUAAAAGUAGCUUAAUAUGCAAA